GGAGCGAGAAUCUCUCGCUUUUUUCGUUGUAGAUCGACGCGAUCGCGUGACUCGCGUCAGCGACGCCCACCCGUGUUUGGCAUCGACGGUGGUGGGCGUCAUAACAAACAACGGCUGCAUCCAUACGGUUGUAAACAUUGGCGCUACUUCAGGUCCGCCCGCGUUCGCCGAUAAGCUGAUUAAUUGACAAACGCUUGAUUCUGACGCGACGUUGAACUACAGUUGAACCCAGCGUGAACCCGAAACUCCGAAGGAAGCGCUCGUUAAAGGCCUCGUUAAGAAACGGGGCGUUCGCGCGCGAGCGACGUCGCGGGGUCGUCGCGAUGUCGACAAUAAUGAAUAAUGUCACGCGCCAAUUCUUUCCGUCGAAGAAACGUCCUCAGCAGGUUCGCGACACCGUCGAGUUUGUGAAUGAACUAGCGUCUCAUUAGCGAGUGCAUACAUAUACAACUUGGACACAUGUCGCGCGUGUUAUCUGACUGGACUGCUAGAUAAGUGAUUAGUCAUCGUCGUGGUAGUAACGUCGGUUUAGUCAUUGGUCGAACGCGCCCAGCUUUCGACCACCACGCGACCUCCUCCUCGUUUAAUUUUGUUCACCUUGUCAGAACGUUUUUGUUGUUACUCCCGCAAUUGUGUUGAAAAAAAUGACGAGGCUACGCGAGAUACGUCGGGCCAGGGAGAGUCUGCCGCUGCGCGGCAACCUUGGGAGUAACGCUAGUCUGGAUAGGUUCUCCGAGCGUAGUCUACACGGUCUAGAUUCGAAGGAACGAAGUUGCAGGAACAUGUGCAACGAUUGCAUGGCCAGAGUGCCGUAUGCGACUCUCAUAGCGACCAUUAUGUGUUGCCUGGGAGUUGGAAUCUUUUGCGGAACCAUGUACAGAGGUGCGCUGCUGUCUUCUCUUAUGAUGGACCAGGUAUUCCAUCUGCAUCUCGGAUGGUUGGGAACGGUGCAGCUAGUGUUCGCGUCAAUUGGAGCUUGCAUGGCAGCCUUAGGAUUCAUGAUUUUGUGCGUCGGUUGUCUCGCAACUGGUGCUACGAGGCACAAAGUCUACCGUGCGUGGAGAUCCCGAGUCGGCGGACGUAUCUCCUGUGCUGUUUUUAUUACCAUUAUCUACAUCCUGCAACUAGCUUGGCUUCUGAUAUUCGCAUUCCUGGUUAUUACAACGCUGAUAUUCACCAUAUUCUGGAAUUUGUGCAGCAAUCCACGUGUUCAGUCUCUUGACGACUGCAUUGAUUUUACUCAAUUCGGCUUCAUGUUUCCAAACAACACACGGUUGGAGGACAUGAAGGUGUGCGGACCCCAGGAAGUCAAACUGUUCUGCAAGGAUUUCGUGGAGAAGGCCGAGGUGAUGUUCAUCCUGGCGACCGCGGCGAGCAUGCUUGUGAUUCUGAGCCUGAUACACUACCUGAUGUGCCUGUCCGCCAACUACGCGCACAUACGGGACCACGAGAAGUUCCAGGAGCUGCAGGAGCUGCAGUACCUGCAGGACGCGGCCGAUCCGGACUCCCCACAGCCGGGAAUGGGCACCCUCGGCUCCCAUCGCGGUAAAGACAGGUUCUAGGACACGGCCCGCGAGAUCUUCACUAUGAACCCCUUGUAAGGCGGCCUAUCGUACACUCGAACAUAUCCACGCGUAUAGGUCCACCCUUACGCCCGAUUGGAAAUCUCUUCCGGGUACCAUCUCUUCCUCUUCUCUAUGUACCUAAAUUCGGUAUUCUGCUCAUCGCCGGUGUGUCCGUCGCCGUCUACGGUAGUCUACUGAUUCGAGGAUCUUGCGGGAACCAACUCUAUGCCGUCCAUUUUAUAUAUACGACUGUAAUCGUGUGUAAGCAUCUACUUCCGUUUUAUGUGUAAAAAAAAAAGAUGUUUAUCGAAGUACGUAUCGGUUUGUCGUGAGAUGUUUCAUCUCCAACGCGGAUCACUCGAUCGAUCAAAUCGAGAAUCAUUCGCGGAGUUUCGGGCCUAGACCGUUAAGGUUGUAUGCACGCUCACGACGAGUAUUUAUCAUUCCCUAAACUCUUAGGAAAAGUAUUUGAAGUCUAUCACCCGUGCAUAUUCGAAAUGCGCGAGGUUCCAACGCACAGAGAUGUUUCUUUUUACUCGAAAGUAUUGUUUUUACUUCACUUCAACGUACGCACACGCACGCUGUAUUGUGCGCAAUAAUAUUACGCGAGUGUUCACGAUCUUAGAUCACUUUGUCGGUCUAAUCGUUCGGUAUUCCAAGAGCUAAUUCUCGGACUACCACGUACUGCGUUUUUAGUACUGAGAUUUUUUUUUUUUUUUUACGAAAGAGAUUUCUUUUUUUAUAUACGUAUGUUUACAUACUAGACUACUAAGCGUAUAUUUUCGUUACAUUACAUUUUUAAGUACGCUGGGAAAAUUGGAAUUAUAAAAGAGAAAACUGUUAGCUAGAAUAUGAGACCAAAAAAGUUAAACUGACAACGACCGCAUAUAUCGUAAUUGUUAUAAGACUGUUAAUCGUCGAAUUUUCGUUGAACAUUUUCCCAGCAUGCUAAGAAAUAUUCAUGUCGUUUGUGCAAUUAUAGAAAAAGCUCAUAUUAAGCAACUUUCCGUGGAGACUAAAUGUUACAGAAAAAUGUAACAUCGUGCAUAUGAAAGAAUAUAUCUAUAUAUUCGUAGAUUCUCUAUCACUUGCGUACAAUAUAUGUGUAAUAAUAUCAACUUGUUGUGAAAAGAGCAAUAUAUUUUUCCGAAAUAGUAGGAGAAUUCCGUUAUCAAAUAUUAAAAUGAAAGGAGCGAAAGUUGUAAAUUCUUCUAUGCACGCGUCACUUGUGCCAAAAUAGAAAAAAAAUGAACUUUUGCUCUGGACAAAAAUCGACUUGUUUGACAAGUUAAUGUUAAGGCACAAAUAAAAAAAAAUAUAUAUACGUACAAUCGCGAGCUCGUUUCGCCACACACAUAUUAUUACUUGCUCAAAUGAUUUGACAAUGGCCGCUGAUUUUCGUAAUGUGUGCGAUUCUUACCGGGUAAAAAAAAUCUUGUCCGUCCCGCAAUUUAAAUUAGAGAUACGAUUUUUUACGAUAAUUCUAGAUAACUUUUUAUUGUACACACCUGAUGAGUAAAGUUAUACACAUAUCAAACGACGAUUUAUAUGCAGCUGCAAAAAAGGUUGUAUACAA